AUGGCCGCAUGUAACACAUGUCAAAAGACCGAACCUGCAGUUACUCUGAAGCGUUGCACCAAAUGCUCAACCACACAAUACUGCUCUCGAGAAUGUCAAAAGGCCGAUUGGAAAGCCCACAAGAAGAUCUGCGCUAUACAAGCAGCUUCUUCAUCUGCCAGAAAUAUCGUCCAUGACGUCGAAGCAUUAAGCGUAUCCCCUCCGAGGGGCCUCGACUCGGGUGUUCCCGACCCCUUUACUCAUCUGGACAGGGGCACAUAUCUGCACAACCGCACAGAGAAGGAUGUAUAUCGUCUCCUCAUCGACGCCUACCGCCUCCGCGCGGAUGACAUGUACAACCUGGAAGGCGAGGCGGAUCAGGACGGUCUCUAUGGCGGCGCCGCAGACGGACUAGGAGCAUUUAAGCGUUUUCUGGGCAAAGUCUCAGCCCAAAGAGGACUGCUUCCUUCAUGGUGGACUCUGGAGAAGCAAAAGGAGUGUGAAGAUUUCGGAAUGGAUGCGGCUCAAUGGCAGGACCUGAGGAAGAGAACGAGCAAGCAGGAGGUCAUCGACCACUAUGGGGAUCCGCGAUUUCCCAUGCAGCUGCGUAUGCUGGGCGAGGCAGUGUGUGGCCGUGCGCCGGGAGGCGGAGAUGGGACGGCGAUGAGGAAGAUGAUGGCGGCGAUGGAAACUGGGGGUGGAAGUGAUGGGAUGCGUGCUACUAUGUUGGAUGUGUCGUCUCCACGUAGAUGA